UGACGAACCUAUGACGACAUUUUAUAAAUGUUGCAAUCCGCAAUGCAGUCACAACUGGCGCGAUUAAAGUUUCAUUUCUUACUUGGUGGAAAGAGAACCAUAAGUGAAAAGUAUUUGGGUGCAAUGGCUACUUUUUUGGAAAAUGCUUCAGAAGAAAUUCAAGUAUUAAGUAAACACAAUAAACAUUGGACAUGUAAAGGAAAACGAAGUAUAGCAAUAGCUGCUAAAUUAUUGGAACAAAAUGAAAUUAUAGCAAUUCCAACAGAUACUAUAUAUGGUCUUGCUGGUACUUUAUCAAGCACUUCCAUUAAAAAACUUUAUGAAAUUAAACAACGUGAUAUAAAUAAACCAUUAUCUAUUUCGGUUAAUAAUGUAAAAAAUAUAAAACAGUGGGGUAUUGUGGAUCAUUUAUCAGAUAAAAUGUUAACACAAAUAUUACCUGGGCCAUAUACAAUCAUACUAAAAAGAACAGCAGCCUUAAAUCCUGCUUUGAAUCCCAAUCAUGAUACAAUUGGUAUUAGAGUACCAAAGUAUAAAUUUAUAAACUGUGUUUCUAAGAUUGUAGGACCUUUAGUCUUAUCAAGUGCCAAUAUAAGCAAUGAAAAGAAUUGCUUAUAUGCUUCAGAAUUUAAACAUUUGUGGCCUACAUUAGGUGGGAUAUUUCAUGAUAGUGAUAGAUAUGGUAGAUCAAAGAACAGUUUUAGAAAAGGAUCUACGAUUGUUGAUUUAUCUGAACCACAGUGUUAUAAAAUUAUUCGCCAUGGGAUUGGUAAAGAGUAUCUUAUUUCGUUAUUAGAACAAUAUCAUUUACAGAAUUGUUUCAGUUAAAUGCAUUAUUAUU